AUGGCUACAUAUGGAUUAUCCCACACAAAGAACACUAAAGUUGGCAACGAUUUUAUUAGAGGGGUUUCAGGAGGUGAACGUAAAAGAGUUUCAAUUGCAGAAGUCGCAUUAUCUUUUGCAUCAUUGCAAUGCUGGGAUAAUUCUACCAGAGGUUUAGAUUCUGCUACGGCCUUAGAAUUUAUUAGAGCAUUGAAGACCUCUGCGAAUAUUUUGAAUGCAACACCAAUGAUCGCCAUUUAUCAGUGUUCUCAAGAUGCCUAUGAUUUGUUUGAUAAGGUUGUUUUGCUUUACGAAGGUACCAAAUUUUUUUCGGUGACUGUAGACAAGCCAAAUUAUAUUUCCUUGAGAUGGGAUACGAUUGUCCGCAAAGACAAACUACUGCUGAUUUCUUGA